CUCAAGUUCCCUUUUAUUCCGUAUAACAUAGCACACUGAGCCCUGCUUUCGCCAUGCCCAUGGAAGGCAUGGACCCAUUUGUUGUGCAAAAGGUGAUUGUGGUGUUGAUGGGUAGCCGAUUCGCAGAGAUGUUCAAAAGACGCCCUUUCAAAACGGCAUUUUGUCUGUACUGGCUACCAGCCCGGAAAUUGCAGCAGCACAAUUUCAAUUUCCGCUUGAAAUUGCUGAAAUCCUACGGGUACACACCAUCACAAUUGCUUGACACUGGCCUCACAGCAACAAAAUUGAAGAAUUCAAAAGUGUUUCAAGUUCCUGACUUCAGGAACGAUGGAGUACCUUUAAAGGAUUUUCAAAGUGCGUUUUCCAUUUCACAGCUUCUAUAUCACGGGUGCAGGAUUCGUGAUUUGCUUGCUUUCCCAUCUCGAUUGGAUCAUUUGAUCGAAGAGGGAGGUAAGAGGCUGAGCCAAGAUCUCCCCCAAGAGGAGAGGGAAGAGUGGACAAAGGUUUUCAUCGACUUCAAGAAAAGCACAGACCUGGGAAAAUUGUGUGCACAUUGUCCAGUUGAGAGUUGGAAUGACAUCUUUUCAAUCUCUGAGCUGCUGCAAGCUGGCAAAACGCUGGAUGCAUUCUGGCAUGUCUAUCCGUUUGAAUGUGCGGAGGCUUGGGGAUUUUCAGUCCAGGAUGCAGUAGCUACAGCUGCAAAAUGCCUGUGUGUAUACAGGAAGCUCAAAGAAGCAGGCAAAUCUGCCCAAGAAGUCCUCGAUGCCAUCAACAAUUUGGAAAAAAAGGAGUUUCGCGAGGUAGAAAGUGAAGCUUUCUUCAUUGAUAGUGCAUACACUUUAUCCGAGAAAUUGCAUGCUGGGAUGGCUAUCCAAGUGCUGGAAAAUGGGCCAGAUGCGGAGCAAUUCAAAGAAGCUGGAUGCACUGGUUGCCAGCUGAGGGAAGCUGGAUUUGAUGCCGAAUCCAUGGCCAGGGCGGGGUACAGUUGUGACGAGCUUCGCAAUGCUGGUUUCACUCUUCUUGAAGUCAAAGAUGCUGUAAGCACCAAAGCCAUGGCAGAAGCUGGCUUCACUGCCCAAGAAUUCAAGGAACAUGGCAUUACAGUCAAGUUGCUUCAGGAAGAUGGUUGUACAGCCGCGCAGUUGAGAAUCAUUGGUUUCGUUGCAUCGGAGCUUAUUGGUGAAUACACUGAUUUGCAGCUUGCCAGUGCGGGUUUUGCCGCCUUGGAACUUCAAAAGCUUGGCUGCGAAGCAUCAUCUUUGAAAUCCAAUUACAGUGCAGAGGAGAUCAUCGAUGCUGGCUUCAGCCCGGAGAGUUUGAAAGCAGCUGGCAUCACAAGUGCCCGGUUGCAGGCUUAUUUUGAUGUCAAGAGGUUGAAACGAGCCAAUUUCACCGCCAAGGAGCUCAAAGAGUCUCAUUUCAAGCGCCAGCAAUUGGAAGAACACUACAAUACCAAGCAGCUAAAAGAAGCUGGCUUCUAUGUCGCACCUAAGAACUGGAGGGAGUCUCAUGGACUUCUUGCUCAUCCAAACACGAGACUGGACAUGGCUUUUGCUGGUGGCACGAAAAAGAGCUUCAAGUCAAGAACAUGAAGAUGCAGCUUGAAACCACCACAGCUGCGCAGUGUCCUCUCUUGACUGUCGUUUGGGCAUUCCCCUAAGCCCUAAGCGUUGGCAAUCUUUGUUGCAUCUCACCCAGCUGAUCACUUGGUGAAGAUGGUGCGCAAUGGCGCGCAUUUCAAUUUUCGCUAUAGCCUGAGCGCCUGGCGCUUUGUGGCUGAUUUGAAUCCCAAUAAUCUACAAGCCUUUCUAUGAACAGAUUACAAUGAGAUUAUAGCAAUGAUUUACAGGUAAUAUGCGGUAUAUACGAUAUACUUCAAGUUACUUGAUGCACUUGAUUUCAUCCAGAUUUACUGGAGCUGGCUAUUUGGAAUCAUUUUCGCACAUGUCACUGCUGGUUUUUGAGCCUGGUGUCGCUACAUGAAAAGCCUGGUGUCGUCAUCAGAACGUCGGUGCAGACUUGGAGUUCCAGCGACCGGGAACGCUUCAAAACGAUACUGGGAGGCAAAAACACCACAGUUUGGCGCGCCGCAUGUCCUUAGGUCCUAAGCAAAGAUGACAGUUUGUCCGCAGAUUCCACAGAUGGGUCGGUUUGUCUCCUUGAAAGGAGAGUAAGCUCAACUCGGAAGUUUAGGUGCAGAAGUCCUUGGGUUUCUUCCGUUGGAGCGGGGCCACGCUGCUGACGGCAAGGAAAAGCUGAACGCCCUCGAGUGUCAACUCCCAGAUUCGACAGCGAAGGAAGAAAUCCGAGCUUUGUUGGGAGACUUGGUGGCUCAGUUGGCUAGGCGGUCAUUUCUUUGUGUGCUGCUUCCUGUAGUUGGAAAAAACAUUGGUAAAAAAAACCAGCCCUUUGUCUCAAACACCAGACCUGUGCUGCUUGUCUCAUGACUGCAGGUACAGGUCCAGAGCUGAAGGACAAGAACUACAGGCUGCAAAUGACAAGGUGCUGCUUGUCGCUUGCAGAGAAUUUUCGGCGGGCGGCGGCAUCCUCUUAAGUGCUCGCUGAGAAGAAAA